ACCAUCAAUGUGGUUAUUUUAUAAUGAAUACUGAUUUGAAUAUGUCUAUGGAUUUAACUAUUUAAGCCAUUUAAAUUUUGAGGUUUAUAUUUUUGAAAUUUACGGGCACAUGCAAGUAGAAUAAUUGAUAAUCUGUGAACUGUGUACCAUCACCGUGCUAUCGAGCUAAUAUUAAAUAUUGUUAGUUGUUACCGUCAGGCGUCGACCGUUUGUUUAUCUUUAUCGUUGACGUAAAGUCACAAAUAGAUAUUKUAUUUUUGUCAGAGUCGUUGGUUACUGAUUAGAUCAUUAAUUAGUAAUAUAAAUUCAUUUGAAAUUUGGAUAGUACCUAAAUAGUAUUUGUGUGAUGCAGCGACGAACAUGACGGACAUAAUGAUUUUUACAUUUUUUCCGGAGUCCUGAAUAACUGUUUUACAUAAUCGUUUUUCACUGUUGGUUGCCAUAAUCUUAAUUUAAUAAGAAAACUGGCUCAUAUACACGGUGCGUCAAUUUAAACGUUGAAAAACCUUUUGUUGCCAAUUUGCUAUUCAGAAAUAAUAAUUACUAUGUCCAUGUGGCAACAAUUUGCUGAAGGAAAUAUCGAAAAAAAAGUUCUGCCAGGAUCUGAUUUGUAUAAUGUUUGUCCAAGACAUGAAUAUAAUUCAAAACUACCACAGUCUAGUCAUAGUUAUGAUGACUAUGAUGAGUAUGGUAGAUGUUAUGUAAAUAUUGGUUUGAACGAAUAUGAAAAGGAAAAUGAAGAGUAUAAUGAACUAUCGAAGAAAGCUUUACAUGAUUCAAAUAUGAGUUCUGUUGAUAGUAUUUCUAAUGUUAAUUCAGUGGCAGAUCUAAAAGAUUUGGAUAUAGAUGAAAUUAAGCUUUUUGAACAUUAUAAAUUCAAAGAUCCAUCAAAUAAAUCAAACGAUUUAGAAAUUGCUGCAUUUAAAGAUAAGCUCAUAACUACAUACUUCAUUUCUUAA